AGUCUCUGUGGCAACACAUUCCUCUGCACUGCAUUUACUCAGCCAGUUCACUCUAAGAGCCACUGAGACCAGUUAGACUCCAGUUAAUCUUCAGUUAGAAACCAGUUAGACUCCAGUUAAACUUGACUUACACUCCAGUUAGAGACAAGUUAGAGUCCAGUGUGAGUGUGCAGAGAUGAAGUUGCUGUUGCUGUUGUUGCUGAUGGAGCGAGUUGCAGCUCAGCAAAGAGGUCUGUUCCCGGCCAUCUUUAAUUUGGCCAGUAACGCAAAGAUCAGCAGUAACGCAACAUGUGGAGAUCCAGAACCUGAAGUUUACUGUAAACUGGUGGAACAUGUUCCAGGACAGCCAAUUAAGAACCCUCACUGCGCCAGAUGUGACGCCGACUCUAUCCUGUCCAAAGAACGCCAUCCGAUCACCAACGCCAUCGAUGGGACGAAUCGGUGGUGGCAGAGUCCGAGUAUCAAGAACGGACGAGACUUCCACUGGACUACUAUAACUCUGGAUCUCAAACAGAUCUUUCAGGUCGCUUACAUCAUCAUCAAGGCAGCAAACUCUCCUCGACCAGGUAACUGGAUCCUGGAGCGCUCUCUGGACGGUGUGACCUUUGACCCCUGGCAGUUUUAUGCCAUCAGUGACUCAGAGUGUUUGACUCGUUACAACAUGGCGCCGAGACUCGGACCGCCGACCUACAAGGGCGACACUGAGGUCAUUUGUACGUCCUUCUACUCCAGACUGGACCCACUGGAACACGGAGAGAUCCACACCUCUCUGAUUAACGGACGACCCGGAGCCGAUGAUUUGACUUCUGACCUCCUGAACUUUACAUCAGCUCGUUACAUCAGACUGAGGCUUCAGCGAAUCAGAACGCUCAAUGCUGAUCUGAUGACGCUGAGCGCCCACGACCCCCGAGACAUCGACCCCAUUGUCAGCCGGAGGUAUUAUUACUCAAUCAAAGACGUCUCUGUCGGCGGCAUGUGUAUCUGUUAUGGCCACGCCCAGAGCUGCCCACUGGACCCUGUCACCAAGAAGUUGCAGUGUGUAUGCGAACACAACACCUGUGGAGAGAACUGUGAUCAGUGUUGCCCUGGUUACCACCAGCAGCCAUGGCAACCAGGAACCGUCUCCGAGGGAAACACUUGUGAAAAGUGUAACUGUCACAACAAAGCCGACGACUGUUUCUACAAUCAGACCGUCUCUGAACUCUCUCUGAGUUUAAACAUUCACGGCGUUCAUGAGGGAGGCGGAGUCUGUAUCGAUUGUCAACAAAACACCGCUGGGAUCAACUGUGAGACCUGUGCCGCUGGAUACUACAGACCUGCCGAGGUGUCUCCAGAUGCAGACUCUCCCUGUGUCCAGUGUAACUGUGACCUGAGAGGAUCACAGUCUUCAGUUUGCACCUCAGACGACACACAGACAGGUAUGUCUGCAGGUCAGUGUGUGUGUAAGGAGGGUUUUACAGGUCGACAGUGUGAUCGCUGUGCGUUUGGAUUCAGAGAUUUUCCUCUCUGUGUUCGAUGUGAGUGCAACCUGUCUGGCAGCACCAAUACCGACCCCUGCAGCCCCUGCACCUGCAAGGAAAACGUGAUGGGCGCUCACUGCGAUCUGUGUAAACCAGGUUUCUACAACCUUCAGGAGAGAAAUCUGCUCGGUUGCACUGACUGUUUCUGCUUCGGUGUGUCUGAUGUCUGUGAGAGCUCCUCCUGGGCCACAGCUCAGGUGCUUCAUACAGAUGCUUGGCUCCGCCCCUCUCAGUCCCCCAACACACCACCUGUUCUCCACGGCAACGACGUCCCCAUCCCCAACAACUCUUCUGGCCACACCCACCAACACGUGCUGUCUUGGUCAGCGCCCAACAGUUUCCUCGGAAACAAGCUGGUGUCCUACGGAGGUUUCCUGAACUACUCAGUGAUUUAUGACAUCCCAUUGGACAAUGAAGACCAUUCUCUCCCCGCCCACUCUGACAUCAUCAUUGAGGGAAACGGUAGAGUUCUUCGUCUCUCACCUCCUCUCCUCCUCUUCCUCUCUGAGCUGUCUGUGCGCUCAGUUGCUUUGAUAAUGACCCCGCAGCAAUUUGUAGACAUUCAGACAGGUUUUCACAUUACCCGCGACGACCUGCUGUCAGUCCUGGCUGAUGUGACAUCACUGACGGUCAGACUUCACCUUAACGCCUCUGCUGAUGGGCCGAUACGCCUCAGCACAGUGUCUCUGGAUGUUACUGACUCUGGGUCAGUUUCUGGCAUUCAGGCAAUUUCUGUGGAGACAUGUGAAUGUCCGUGGGGUUACAGUGGCACUUCCUGUGAGGUCAGUGUCAAGUUCAAUCAAUCAGUUCAAUCAAUUUUAUUUAUAAAGCCCAAUAUCACAAAUCACAAUUUGCCUCACAGGGCUUACUCUGUCCAGUGCUGUGUCCAGUACUCUGUCCAGUACUGUAUCCAGUACUCUGUCCAGAACUGUGUCCCAGUACUCUGUCCAGUGCUGUGUCCAGAACUGUGUCCCAGUAUUCUGUCCAGUACUAUGUCCAAUACUGUGUCCAGUACUGUAUCCAGUACUCUGUCCAGAACUGUGUCCCAGUACUCUGUCCAGUGCUGUGUCCAGUACUCUGUCCAGUAUUCUGUCCAGUACUCUGUCCAGUACUCUGUCCAGUGCUGUGUCCAGUACUCUGUCCAGUACUGUAUCCAGUACUCUGUCCAGAACUGUGUCCCAGUACUCUGUCCAGUGCUGUGUCCAGAACUGUGUCCCAGUAUUCUGUCCAGUACUAUGUCCAAUACUGUGUCUAGUACUGUAUCCAGUACUCUGUCCAGUCCUGUGUCCAGAACUGUGUCCAGUACUGUGUCCAGUACUCUGUCCAAUACUGUGUCCCAGGACUCUGUCCAGUGCUGUGUCCAGUACUCUGUCCAGUACUCUGUCCAGAACUGUGUCCAGUACUCUGUCCAGUACUCUGUCCAAUACUGUGUCCCAGUACUCUGUCCAGUGCUGUGUCCAGUACUCUGUCCGGUACUGUGUCCCAGUACUCUGUCCAGUACUCUGUCUGGUACUCUGUCCAGUACUCUGUCCGGUACUGUGUCCAGUACUCUGUCCAGUACUGGGUCCAGUACUCUGUCCAGUACUCUGUCCAGUAUUCUGUCCAAUACUGGGUCCAGUACUCUGUCCAGUACUCUGUCCAGUAUUGUGUCCCAGUACUCUGUCCAAUACUGUGUCCAGUACUCUAUCCGGUACUCUGUCCAGUACUCUGUCCAGUACUCUGUCCAAUACUGUGUCCAAUACUGUGUCCAGUACUCUGUCCAGUACUGUAUCCAAUACUGUGGCCAGUACUCUGUCCGCUGGUACACAGGUGAAACAAACUUUAUUAGUCUAAAGAGACAGUGUGUGUGUGUGUGUGUGUGUGUGUGUGUGUGUGUGUGUGUGUGUGUGUGUGUCAGUUUCAGUCCCACCUGUGCUCUUGACGCGUCUGGUCAGGUGUCAUGUGACCAGUGUGAGGAUGGAUACACAGGAACCAACUGUGAGAGGUGUGCCAGUGGUUUCUAUGGUAACCCACAGGUAGUGGGCAGGGCCUGUGUCCGUUGUGACUGUAACGGUAACGUGGACAUCAGACAGGCGGGGUACUGUGACACCGUCACCGGGGAGUGUCUGCGUUGCCUCGGCAACACUGCUGGGAGACACUGUGAGGUCUGUCGGCCUGGUUACUAUGGUGACGCUGUGCAUGCAAAGGACUGUCAAGAGUGUGGCUGUGAUGUCAGCGGCUCCCUCUCCAGCGUAUGUGAUGUCACAACAGCUCAAUGUUCGUGCAGAGAAAAUGUGAUGGGACGCACCUGUGACCGCUGCCAGCCUGGCUUCUUCGGGCUGCAGAGUGGACGGGGCUGUCAGCCCUGUGACUGCAACCAAUCAACAUCCCUCUCUGAGUCAUGUGAUGAGGAGGGGCAGUGCCAGUGUGUGGAGGGCGUGGCUGGAGACAAGUGUGACCGCUGUAGCCAUGGUUACUAUGGUUUCCAUGCCAACGGCUGCAAAGCAUGCACCUGUGAUGACACAGGAGGAAACUGUGACCCUGACAGCGGCAAGUGCAUCUGCCCCGCCCACACAGAGAGGGACUCCUGCAACAGGUGUGAGAAGGGUUACUGGGGUCACGACCCCGCCACAGGCUGCAAGCCGUGCAGCUGCAGUGCAACAGGAAGUUCAGCCCCUCAGUGUGACCUGACCAAUGGACACUGUCGAUGCAAAGAGGGGUUCUCUGGCAGGUCAUGUGACCAGUGUGCCCCUGGUUACCAUGGUUACCCAGCAUGCUUAGCAUGUGGCUGUGACAUGGCGGGAACAGACAAGAUGUUCUGCAACGCAACGCUCGGAGUGUGUGACUGUGGACUUGGCGGCGAGUGUGUGUGCAAGGUGGGAGUUUCCGGUCGGCGGUGUGAGGAGUGUGUCUCUGGUCGGUUCGCUCUGUCCGCUGAGAAUCCAGAAGGCUGCUCGCCAUGUUUCUGUUCAGGACUCAAUACAGACUGUGAGGAGAGGGGCGGGCUCUACAGAGUACCUAUCACCCUGGGCCGCUCUCCUCGUCUGCUCUCAGUGGUCAGUCAGUCCAACCUGCAGGGUGUCGUAUCAGGAGUGUACCAGCAGGGCGGAGACAUGCUGCUCGACACCCGACAGCUCAACACCAGCAGGUUGGCCGGCCCGCUCUACUGGAGACUGCCCCCCCAGUUCGAAGGCCCACAGCUGAUGUCAUACGGCGGUCUGCUGUCUUACAUCAUCACCUUUUACGCUGAGGAUGGCUCAGGAUUGUCCAAUCAGGAGCCUCAGGUCCUAAUAAGGGGCGGGACCAUAAGGAAGCUGGUGAUAUAUACUGACAUGAUCGUCCCUAGCAACAGCAUCAGGACACGUCAUGACAUCAGGAUGACAGAGCACAAGUGGAAGUAUUUUAACUCCGUUUCGGAGAAGUCGGUGAGUCACGCUGACUUCCUGUCCGUCCUCAGUGAUGUCAAGUACGUCAUCAUCAAGGCUUCGUACGGGACACAAUUGCAGCAGAGCAGGAUCUCUAACAUCACCAUGGAGACAGCAGUGGAGGCGGGGUCAGAUGAAGAAGGCAUGGCCAGACUGAUCGAGUCCUGCAUCUGUCCACCUGGUUACACAGGACUGUCCUGUCAGGACUGUGCUGCAGGUUAUUUCCGUCAGCCUCUGUCUGAGUUGUCGUCUCAGAGUCAGAAGUCUCUGUUUGUUCAACCUUGUGUUCGAUGUCGCUGCAACAACCACAGUGAGAGCUGUGACAUGGAGACUGGAGCCUGUCAGGGCUGCCAACAUCACACCAGUGGGCGGAGCUGUGAGCUGUGUGCUCCGGGGUAUUAUGGGAAUGUCAGCGGCUCCAUCAGUGACUGCUCGCUGUGUGCCUGCCCCCUUCAGGACAACAGUUUCAGUCCCACGUGUGUGUCAGAUGGAGCCCUCGGUGAUCUCCGCUGCACCGCCUGUCAAACAGGAUACGAGGGGAGAUACUGUGAGAGGUGUUCUGUUGGUUACUAUGGUAACCCCUCAUCGGUGGGCGGGGUGUGUUCGCAGUGUAACUGCAGUGGGUGGGGCUCACUGCAGCCGCUAUGUGACCCGCUGAGUGGACAGUGUGAGUGCAAGGCUGGGGUCACAGGUCUGUCAUGUGACCAGUGUGACGAGAGGCACGUCCUUCAGGCAGCGGAGUGUGUGUCGUGUGAUGACAAGUGUUCCGGUGUUCUGUUGGACGACCUGGAAAAACUACACAACCACUUCCUGUCUGUCAACCUGAGUGCUGUCACCAUGGCGCCGUACCGCCAGCUGGUGUUACUGGAGAACCAGACCAGAGUCAUCCAGGUGGCGUUUUCAGAAAACAGCUCGGUCGCUCUUCGUCUGUCCAGAGUGGAAGAUGAGCUCAGACAUCUGACCUCUGACCUCAGCACCCUGCUGCAGCAGGUCCCACGUCUGUCUGAUGACCUGCAGAAAGUGGACGUGUCCACCAACAACAGUCUUUCCCAGUGUGCAGUGCUGCUGCAGAGCGUUGGGCAGCUGCAGGAAAACAUUCAGGAGCUUCAGAGGGAGGCAGAGCUGCUGAACCACACCACAGUGGAGGAGUUUGAUUCAGCCAAUCAGACACAUCAGCUGGAGGAGGUGGCGUCCAUGUUGGAAACCAUCAGAGCUGUCGACCUCUCAGCCACCAGUGCUGCAGCCAAUCAGGAGCUCAGCCUCUCAGAGUCUCUCGUCCACUCGCUGCAGGUGGACCUCCUGUCCAGCAGGAUGGAGAUUGACAACAGGCUCCGACUCCUCUCAGCCCCCCUCACUGUUGGCAUGGAAACACUGCAAUAUGCACACACACAGCUGACCAAAACUGCGCAACAAAACACACAAAUACACACUCUGCUGGACGACGCACACACAUUGCUGCUCGACUACCAGUCUGUCCACAGGAACCUGAGUGUGGACCAUCUGUCUGUGGACGCAGUGAUGGAGGACAGUCAGCUGCUGCUGGACGAUACCAUCCGUCUGACAGAGGAGUUAACCAACACCACCUCACAGGUGGAGGUGUUCCGCGGUCACCUGGAUCAGUGGCAACCCCUGCUGAGGAAACAGGUGGACAGUCUGGUCAUUGGACUGGAGGUUAUUGAUGCUUUGGAGAAUGUUUACCGUGCCGAAAGCCACGCCCUCCGGUUUCAGAGCCACGCCCACUCCAUGCACAGCUCUCUGUCAUCAGUUUGUGACGUAACAAAUGCCAGCCGAUUAGUUCAGCUUGACAGUGACAUCACACACCAAGUUGACUCCGCCCAGCAGGUUGCUGUGGCUGCCCACAUCUCCGCCUCUGUCGCUCUCAAUGUGACCGUCCUAUCAGAGCAGCUGAUGUCAGAGGAGGGCGGAGCCAAACUGAAAGUCAGCACCGCUGUUUUAGAAGAAAGUCGACAGAUCAACGAGACGUUCGAAGACCUGCGGCUGAAUGUCUCCACGGUAACCAGCAGACUGCGACUGGUCAGAGAUGGCAUCCAUAACUCCACCCUCUUCCUCCGUCAGCCAACCAAAGAGCUGCAGAGCUUCUCUAACAGUUCAUUCGUGGUGCUGCAGCAGACUCACCUUCAGGCUGCGGCAGCACGCUCCGACCUGCAGGAGGCGCUGCGGCGGCUGCACAGACUCAGGCUGCAGCUGCAGGAUUCUUCCUCUGUGGUGGAAAACACCAACAACACAGCGACUGAGACAAACCGGCUGGUGACUUACACGCACACCGAAGCCAAUGAGGUGCAGCAGAAGCUGGAGGAGGCAGAGCAUCGUACAGAGCGUCUGAUGGGUCGGAUCAAACCGCUGAGCAUGCUGGGAGAAACACUGAGAAGGAAUCUGUCAGACAUCAGAGAGCUGAUCGAUCAGGCCAGAAGACAGGCCGCCUCGAUCAAGGUGGCGGUGCAGGCGGACAGAGACUGCGUUCGAUCCUACAGACCACAGACUGAGUCCAGUAACUUCAACACUUUGAGUGUGAUCCUGAAAACGUCUCGUCCUGAGAACCUGCUGUUCUACCUGGGCAGCAACACCACGGUGGACUUCCUGGCGGUAGAGAUGCAUGACGGGAAGGUGUCUCUGGUGUGGGAUGUGGGUUCAGGCAGCAGCAGGCUGGAGUUUCCUGGACUGGACAUCACCAACAACAGGUGGACCAGGAUCAACGCCACACGGUUCGGGGCACAUGUAUCUCUGUCAGUCCAUCAGCUGGAGUCAGAGUCGGCUACAUUGCCCGUGAUAACAGCGACAUCACCGGGACCUUCCAGAGUUUUAGAUGUGGACAAAAACACAGUGAUCCACAUUGGAGGACUGGGAUCUCACACUCAGCGUCCGGCCAUGCUGCAGUCCUCCACCUUCCAGGGCUGUCUGGGUGAAGCAUCUCUCAAUGAGAGAAACAUCGGACUCUGGAACUACAACAGCAGAGAGGGAGAGUGUGGAGGCUGCUUCAGCAGUCCACAGGCGGAAGAGACGUCGUUCCACUUUGAUGGAUCUGGAUUCUCAUUGGUUCAGAAGUCUCUGCGAGCGACCUCCACCUCCAUCGUCCUGCUGUUUAAAACCCUGUCGCCGGGCGGAUUACUGCUGUACCUGGCCUCCAACAACACUAGAGACUUCCUGUCCAUGGAGCUGGUGGAGGGGCUUAUCCGUCUAACCUUUGACCUCGGCUCAGGUUCUCUGAUUCUGACCUCUAACAGGAAGUACAACACCGGCGUCUGGUACAAGAUCACUAUACAGAGAAACAAACGCAAAGGUUACCUGUCCAUCAUGGCAGCCAACCAAUCAUCAGACAAGGAGGUGUUGGAGGCAGAGUCACCUGGAACUGCCUCUGACUUGAACCGCUCCGACCUGGACCCCAUCUACAUCGGGGGACUUCCUGUCUCCAGACAAAUAAGGCGACAGGUAGUCUCCAGAUCGUAUGUGGGCUGCAUAAAGAACGUGGAGAUCGCUCGGUCGAACUUUGAUCUACUGAGAGACGCAUACGGAGUCAGGAAGGGCUGCGUCUUGAAGGCGGUACGCAGUGUGUCGGUGUUGGCCGAAGGCUUCGUUCAGAUCGCUCCUCCAUCAUUCCGUCAGGAAGCGGAGCUCCUCUUCUCCUUCUCUACCAACAACCAAUCAGGAGUCCUGCUGGCUGCCUUUAGUGACGACCAUACACAGAGACAGCACUUCCUGUCUGUCCACCUGGUCUCAGGCGCAUUAGAGGCGGAGCUUGGUGAGGUAGGCGGGGCUACUCGGAGGGUGAUGGUGAUGAAACCUAAUGGAGGAUCCUUCAGUGACGGGACAAAACACUCUGUGAUUAUCACCAUCAGCAGGAAGUCUCUGUCCAUGCAGGUGGACGAGGGACACAUCAAGUCUGUCUCUCUGUUGCCGGGCGGAUUUUCUCGUUUGUCACCGGCCUCUUUCUUCAUUGGUGGGCUGCCAUCAGGGGAGGUGUCUCGUCUGCCAAUCAGAUUACAGAAUGUGUCCAGGUGGUUCAGAGGCUGCAUCCAACACCUGGUGGUGGGCGGAGUGCUGGUCGACCUAUCAGGAGCUUUGAGGUAUGAGGGGGCGGAGCUCGACAGCUGCCUAUUGGAAGAAAAGGUCGCGGGGGCAGUACUACCUGAUGACCAGGAUGUAGAACCAACUCCUGACCCCGUCCACCCGCCUGUGGCCCCACCCACACACCUGAGCGCCCUGACACCUGGAACAUUAACCUGUGUGUCGGAGGCGGAGCCAACCUUCCUGCCGUCAGCGGUUCAGUUUGGUUUGUCCAAACACAGUCACAUGACCUUCAUCAUUAAUCCCAACACUGUCAAAAGGAGUGUGUCGCUGAGGUUGUCAGUUCGGAGCAGAGCUGCAGACGGGCUGAUCCUCCUCCUCUCUGACUCCAAACAGAUGGACUUCAUCGUCCUCAGACUGACGGGGGGGAGACUGAUGAUGUCAGCUGACCUGGGGAAAGGCCCUGCCUCCGUCACCUCAUCCGUGGUUGUUAAUGACGGAGAGUGGCACACUGUGAGCGCCGAGGUCAGCCGGCGGUCUGUGUCGGUGUCUGUUGAUGGGUCGCAUCUGGACACUGUGUCUGUUAAAGGAAACCAGCUGGACGUGGAGAGCAGACUCUACCUGGGAGGACUGCCGCACACGCUGCCCACCAGGAGGAUUAACGUGAGCAGCAGUUUUCCAGGUUGUAUUCGCUCUGUCAUUCUGAACGGAGCCACAUUGGAUCUGUCCAAGCCCACCUCGCAGCACCAUGUCACUUCCUGUUUCACCAAAGACCAGACAGGAAGUUACUAUAAUGGCAGUGGAUAUGCUGCCCUCAUGCGUGAUGGGUACAAGGUGGGCUCAGACGUGUCUGUGUCUCUGGAGUUUCGAACGAGCCAAUCAGAGGGAGUGUUUUUGGGAAUCAGUAGUGCAAAGGUGGAUGCCAUCGGACUGGAGAUGAUUGAUGGACAGGUGGUGUUUAACGUGAAUAACGGGGCGGGGCGAGUGUCAGCUCGUUCUGUUGGUCACAUGUUGUGUGACGGACGGUGGCACCACCUGCUGGCCAGAAAAACCAAAAACACCCUGAGUCUGAGUGUCGACGGGCGGAGUUACACUACCCCCAACCCUUACCCACAAUCCACCUCUGCUGAGACCAACAACCCAGUUUACCUGGGUGGGUUUCCAGCUGGAGUCAAACAGAACUGCCUGUCCAUCAGCACCAGGUUCAGAGGUUGUCUUAGGAACCUGCAGCUUAUUAAGUCUCACCUGAGUGAUGCUCUGGACCUGAGCUCCGCCCACUUCCUGUUGGGUGUCACUCCUAACUCGUGUCCUGUAUGGGAGCAGCGCCCAGCUGAGCUCUGAUUGGUCCACAUACUGUUGGAUUGUUAAAGCUGAUGUCUGUAACUUUGAUCGGACUGCUUGAACAUGAACCAAUAAAAUAAUCUCAA